AUGAAGCCCAAUGACCACGUAAAGCUUACGCCUCUGGGAGCAGGCAACGAGGUCGGUCGCUCUUGCUUUAUUCUGUCAUAUCAGCGGAGUGGCUGCUCUGGGAGCAUCAUGCUGGACUGCGGGCUCCACCCUGCCCUGUCCGAGACACGCGACUACGUUGCAAUUCAGGCGCUCCCCUUCUUCGAUUUAGAGGACUACGUCUCCACUUUGUCCCUUAUCCUCAUCACCCACUUCCAUAACGACCACAUAGCCGCUCUUCCUUAUUUACUGCGGUGCCUUCGUGACCGAGCUGUUAAGGAGGGGAAGCCAGAGCUCCACUACAUCCCUCCAGUUUAUAUGACAGCACCAACUCUAAAGAUUUUCAAGGAAAGCGUCACUGAUGUCAUCUCCCAGACGAAGCUCUACACCCACGAAGAUGUGGAGUUUAUGGCCAAGAACACUAAACUACUCACGAGCUUCUACCAGACAGAGCGGGUCAAUGGGAUAUCUUUUACCGCAAUGCCGGCAGGUCACGUCAUUGGAGCGGCCAUGUUCCACAUUAGUAUAGAUAAUUUCCACGCCCUCUACACUGGUGAUUUCAGUUGUGAGCCGGAGGACAGGCAUCUUCAGCCUGCUACAUUCCCCCAGGUAAAGCUUGAUUUGCUUAUAAUUGAGUCUACGUAUGGGACCAUUCGUCAAAAGGAACGCAUGACCAGAGAGCGUGAUUUUAUAGAUCUCAUAGUUUCGACCGUCAAAAAAGAUGGCUGUGUGUUGCUGCCAGUGUUUUCUAUAGGCCGUGUCCAAGAGCUUCUUUGCAUCUUACAAGAGUACUGGCGAGAACAUGAGCAAGAGAUGGCUAGAGUUACGAUCUACUACGUGUCUGCAAUUGCUGAUAAUGCACGGCAAUUGUAUUCGAAGGAUAAGGGCUUCCUGCGCCACGGAGACACAGGACUGUCCGACAUUCAAACAGGGAAGCGUAAAGAUAGAAUAAUCUACACGAAGACGCGGCCCAAAAAUCCGAAAAAGCCCUAUGUGAUGUUCUGCACACCUGGAAUGCUUCAGUCCGGUGUCUCAAAGGAAAUGUAUAACGAGUUGUGCGGAUCUCCUGACAACCUCCUGCUUGUCACGGGAUACGCAACUCAGGACACUCUUCUCUAUAAGCUUCUUGAGGGAAAACCUCCUGGGGGUUAUGCGGACGCCAAGAUGCGUAUUGAGGAGCUGUCCUUUUCCGCUCACUCGGACUACAAUCAAACACUCGAUGUCCUACGAAAGACUCGCCCACGUAAUGUCGCGUUCAUCCACGGUAGUGAGAAGAGCAUUUCAUCGUUAAAAAGAACCAUCGCCAAUGAAACCAGGGUCAACUUCAGCGAGGGAGGCAAGGAAGCAGACAAAGAAGAAAUAUCGUUUCAUUAUCCUCGUAACGGAGAAACUGUCACCUUCGCCUUCACAAAUCCUGUGCAGCUGAGCAUCAAGGUUGACACUGGUGCAGAAGACACUGCACAGACAGGAGUUGAGGACUCUCGCUCCAUCGCAGCGAUAGCCAAGGCAUUGGACAAGAAGAAGAUGUACAUCGUGCAGGACGGAUUUGCGUUUUCGUUAUACAAUGCGUCAUCGGUAAAGAAGAAGAUGCAAAGAUCGUGCGGUGGGAUCACACUUAAUAUGAGUUUGACAAUUGUGGGAGAUAGCCCACUGACAGAGAUAUUUGAGAGUCAUGGAUUCCGGGUUACUGAUUUGGGAACAGCCAUCCUCUUGGUGCCCGGACUAGAGGAGAUGCAUGACACUGUACAAGGCGCCGGGACAGAGCCAAAAGAUGGGAGCAAUGCAAUAUCCCUGGCUGUGACGACAUCAUCUAGAGAUGUCAAGCGGGUAACUCUUUCAUUUGAUCUCUUCUCAAGCGUAUCUGCUCUUUGCAUACGUAUCCUGUACAUUAUCCACUCGGCAUCAAAGCUGCAAAAAGAAACGUCUCAAACAUGCUUAGACCUUCCAUCUGUUUGCCAGCGUAUUGGAGCAUCUCUAUUAGAAAAUUUCAACGUUCAGUUGCACGAGUCGCCCACACAAGAACUGACUGCAUCUUCUCCUCCUUACAUUGUUAUCGGUGAUGUGAGAUGUUUUCUAAAUUUUCGUGGUUGGAACUUUGAUCCUGUUUUCCCGUUGGAGAAAAAAGACUUUACUCUCCUCUCCGACAUCUCGGACCACACUAACUGUUUGGUGCGAACACUCCUCCCGUGA